AUGGCCCGUCCGUGCCGCGCGCUGGAGCAAAUCGACUACUCGUUCUACCUGGAGAUGCGGAACGAGGACAUCACCGAGGAGGCCCUCUGGCUGCGUCUGGAGCCGAUGCUGGGGUACCUGCCGAACCGCGAGCGCGCGCUGGUGCGCGACGCGCUGUCGCUGGCCUACGCGGCGCACGACGGGCAGCUGCGGAAGAGCGGCGAGCCGUACAUCACGCACCCGGUGGAGGUCACGCGGAUCCUGGCGGAGCUGCGGUGCGGGUGGGAGUGCCUGGCGGCGGGCCUGCUGCACGACACGGUGGAGGACACGGACGCGGUGACGUUCGAGGGCGUGGAGGCGCGGUACGGCGCGGCGGUGCGGACGAUCGUGGAGGGCGAGACGAAGUUCUCCAAGAUCAAGAUGCACGCGGACCGCUCGACGACGGUCAAGAAGGACCUCAAGGCCGUCGACCUGCAGCAGCUCUUCCUGGCCAUGACGGAGGAGGUGCGCAUCAUCAUCGUCAAGCUGGCGGACCGGCUGCACAACAUGCGCACGCUCGGGUCGAUGCCGCCGCACAAGCAGUACCGCAUCGCGGAGGAGACGCUCCAGGUGUUUGCGCCGCUGGCGCGCCUCCUGGGGCUCUACUGCGUCAAGGAGGAGCUCGAGGAGCUGAGCCUCCGGUACCUCAACCCCGAGCACUGGGAGGACCUGCGGCGGCACCUGGACCACCUCGCGCGGGAGCAGGCGGGCGUCGUCGGCGAGUGCCAGGCGGCGCUGGAGGACCUCCUGGCGCGCGACCAGUACCUGCAGGACCGCGUGGAGCGCGUCGAGGUGGUGUUCCGGCAGAAGGGGCUCUACUCGCUGUACAGCAAGCUGCGCGCGCAGAGCCGCGGGCGCAAGCCCAUGAUCCACCAGGUCAAGGACGUGGCGCAGCUGCGCGUGGUGAUCGAGCCGCGCGCCGCGGGGGACGAGGAGCGGCGCAGCGCGACGGACACGCAGCUGUGCUACCACGUCCUCGGGCUCGUGCACGCGCGCUGGGCGCCCAUCCCGGGGCGCAUGAAGGACUUCAUCGCCACCAGCAAGCCCAACGGGUACCGCUCGCUGCACACCACCGUGCUGCCCUUCCCCGCGGCGCCCGCCACGCCCGGCGCGCGCAACACCACCGAGGUGCUCCCGCUCGAGAUCCUGAUCCGGACGCGCGAGAUGGAGCGCCUCGCGGAGUAUGGCAUCGCUGCGGAGCACUGGGUGCCCGUGGGCGCGGGCGGGCUGGCCGGGCGGCUCAACGGGCACACCUCCGCGGCGCAGUGCGACCCCGCGGAGGCCGCGGUGGAGGCCGCGGAGGCGUCGCUGAACGGCAACGGCGCGUGCGCGGCGGAGGGCUCCAACGGCGCGGGCCCCGGGGGGCCCAAGCCGCUGAUUGAGCGCGUGAGCAAGGAGGCGCUGGACCGGCGCAUCAACUGGCUGCAGAGCAUCCGGGAGUGGCAGCAGGAGUUCGUGGGGUCGAUCUCGGCGCAGGAGUUCGUGGACACGGUGACGGGGGACCUGUUCAAGCAGGGGGUGUUUGUGUUCACGCCCGCGGGGCAGGUGAUGAACCUGCCCAAGGGGUCGACGGUGGUGGACUUCGCGUACCACCUGCACACGGGCGUGGGCAACACCAUGGUGGGCGCCAAGGUCAGCGGCAAGAUGGUCCCGCCGGAGACGGUGCUGAACAACGCCGAGGUGGUCGAGGUGAUGACGUACUCGGGGCCCGUCACGCGGAACAGCGUGCAGCGCCACCGCGGGUGGCUGGGCGUGGUGACCACGCGCUCGGCGCGCCUCAAGCUCGUCCGGUUCCUGCGCGAGCACGCGUGGCUGCUCGAGGGCGACGACCGCGUGGCGCUGGAGGCGGCGCUGGAGCUGGAGGGCAUGACGCCGUCGAUGGACGGGUCGAGCGCGGAGGAGGAGGACGAGCUGCUCGCGCGCGCGGAGGGCAUGGGCGCCUACUGGCUGGCGGUGGACUGCAACGACCGGUACGGGAUGCUGGCGGAGGUGUCGUCGAUGAUUGCGUCGCACGGGAUCAUGAUCAAGAGCCACGCGGGGGGCGCGCAGGACCCCGUCACGGGCCGCGCGAGCAUGAAGUUCGAGCUCGUCGGGGUGGCCUCGGACAUCAACGCCCUCUGCAGCGCCAUCACGGCCGUCCAGGGCGUCACGAGCUGGUCGCUCGGGUGCCCCACCGAGACCAGGGCGGGCCCCAGCUCCAACGGUCGCGUCCGCAAGGUUGUCGCGGAGGGGGCGGGGGGCAGCACCAACGGGACCGGACCCGCGGGCACGAAGCGAGACGAAUCCGUGCAGGGCGUCGCUGAGGAGGGGGGCGCCCCGGAAGGCCCGCCGGCACCAUGA